AUGCCGGGCGCCGCGAUGCGGCGCAGGUCCGCCCCUGCGCUCCGCGCGGCGUGCUGGGCGGCGGCGCUGUGCGCCACCCUCGGGCUGUCGUGGGCGUUCGCGGCGCCGCGGCCCGCCUCGACCAGCAGCCGAGCGGCCGCCGGGGGCCUGGCGGGCGCGCGCGCCCCGGGGGUGCCUGCCGCGGCUGGGCUGUCGCUGCCGUCCCCGCAGAGGAAGGGGGUGGACUUCACCCUGCUCGCCUACUUUCUCUUCUGGUACCUGGGCAACUACUACUACAACAUCACGAACAAGCUCGCCCUGAACGCCGCCGGGGGCGCGGCCGGCUUCCCCAUGUCGAUUGCCACCAUGCAGCUCGGCUUCGGCUGCGUCUGGGCGCUCUUCCUGUGGGGCUACCCGGACGCCCGCGCUCUCCCGAAGAUCACCUUUGACGAUUGGAAGGCCACGCUGCCCGUGGGCUUCUGCUCCGCGGCCGCCCACGCCUUCUCCGUGUUCGCCCUUUCGGCCGGGGCCGUCUCCUUCGGCCAGAUCGUUAAGGCCGCGGAGCCAGCUUUUGCGGCGCUGAUCGGUACCUUGUUCUACGGCUCCAAGGUGAGCACCGCCAAGUGGUUGUGUUUGAUUCCGGUGAUUGGCGGCGUGGUCUUGGCGUCUUUGGGCGAGCUGGACUUCGCGUGGGCCGCACUCUUCACGGCGGCCCUCGCCAACGUCUUCGCCGCGUUCAAGGCGAACGAGAACAAGAAGCUGAUGGUCACGGAGGGCCUGAAAGACCGCUUGGGCGGCGUGGGUAACCAGUUCGCGAUCACGAUGAUAAAUUCGUUCCUUUUCUGCCUCGUGCUCAUGUUGGCCACUGAGGGGAGGAAAUUCGGUGCUUUUCUCCAACUCUGCAAGACGAGCAAGAUCGUCUUGUGGAACAUGAUCGCGUCGGGCUUGUGGUUCUACGCCUACAACGAGCUC